AAAGACGUUUGUGAAAUAAAUGUGAAUUAAAAUGUCGUCUUUCCGACAACAAUAUAAAUCAAUUGGUACCAAAACUGUAAGCAAGGGUCGUCUUAUUCGCGCUGAAAAACAUAAAGAUUUGCGUAAAGUUUAUAGAGCUAAUACGUUCAAUGAAAACAGAAAUAUACCAAUUACCACAAUGAAUACACAAGCCGAAGAAGAUCGUAUUAAUAAGCUUAAAAAAUGGAAAGCUGAGCGUGAAAGACAAAGAAAAAUUGAACAACAAAAGAAAAAGAGACCCUUUGUAGUAGGAAUUGUUCAUCAUAAAAUAUAUUCUCCAAUUAAUAAUUGUAAUGUUCCUGUAACUAAAACAACUAAAACAUGUGAACCUAUUCCAAAAAGAAUUACACGUGCAACAGAAAAGAGACUAAUGAGUAAAGCAAUUGCAAAAGAAGUAGACAAAACUUCACUUAAAAAUUUAAAUGUUUUAAAUAAAAAUCAAGAAUCUCAGAAGAAGAAUAAAUCUUUUGCUCCUGAAGGUCACAAAUUUAGAGCUCCAUCUGGUUUGCUUCAUAUACCAUUAUAUGGCAGAGAAGUCAUACAAAGUAUGUCUCCUGUCAGAAUAAGUCAAAUAAUGAAUACAUCUUCAAAGACACCAAGAAAAAGUAAUAAAAUUAAUAUUUCACAAUCUAUAAAAGAAGAUAUACCAGCAAUUGAUACAAAACUAAUAAAUACAGAUAUAGAAGAGGAUAGUUCCAUAGAAUCUAUAUCUUUACGGUUAUCAUCUGAUGAGAAAGAAAAACUUAAUAUUUCUUAUACUAUCAGUGAUAGUAAUGAUAUUAAAGUAAUGCCUAAUAAUAGUAUGAAAGAAGUAACUUGUUCUUCAGAAAAUAAAGUAUCUCCAUUAAAAUCAUUAAAUUCUCAGUGUGAACCAGCUUUCUUUUCACCUCAUAUAGUUUCUAGUCGUGGAAAAAGUAAUGCUAGGAAAGAGCAACAAUUAAGACAUGGAUUUAAUAUUGGUCAUUCACUAAAUGAUGAUAUUCCUACAAAAGAUAAUGUCAUGAAGAAUUUAAAUAUUUCAGUUGAAGAAGAAGAACGUACUGCACAAUAUUUUCAAUUUCUUUUGAAUAAAGAAAUAGAUAGAUUGAAUGAAUUAUGUGAAAAAUGGAUAAAAAUUAAGGCUGAGCCUGAAACUAUAGAAGAUGGUCAAUAUGAAAUAAAUCAAGCAAUUGGACAAACAAAUUUGUUAAUAAGUAAAAAGUUUGAAAGAUUUCGUGGAUUAGUUGCUGAUUGUGAAACAGGAAAAGGAGAGAUGUUAGUUACAUGCAAAGAUUUGCAAGGAUUUUGGGAUAUGAUGUAUAUGGAAAUAAAAAAUUGUGAUUUAAGAUUUGAAAAAUUAGAAAAACUUCGUUCACAAGGUUGGAAAGAAGAGGAAAUAGUUAUUGUUAAACCAAUUAUUAAAAAAAAAUCUACUGUUAAAAAGAAAAUUGUAUCUACCAAAUCAACUUCCAUUAGAGCUAUUUUAGCAGAAAAGAAAAAAAAUAUGACCGAAAAGAUAAAAGAUAAUAAUAGUACAAAUGAACUUGAAUCUAAUUUGAAUCAUAGUAAUAAUUGUAAAAGCAUUGAAAAUCCUAAUAUGCAUUAUGAAAAAAAAUCUAUAUCCAUUGAUUCUAAAGAAAACAAAUUUACACCUGUAAAACAUAAUAAGAGAUCAAGUUUAUUGCAAAAGGUACAAUUAUCUAAUUUAUCAAUGAAAACAAAAAGUCCAUUAACAAUGAUAAAAAUAAGUCAAAUGUAUAAAGCACCAAAAAUACAAUUAGAUGACUCAAUAUCCUAUAUUAAUUCUAAUCAGACACCUGGAAAAGGUAUAUUAAAACAACGAAAGAAUUUAAAUGAAAUAGAAAGUCAUACAAAAUCAAUAAAUAAAGUUAAUUUUGAUGAUCAAAUGGCUUUAAAUGAAAUAUCACCUAAUGAAACGAGAGAGACAAAAAUGAAUUUAAGUAAAGUAUCAGCAAUAGAUAGUUUUGAUUUGAAUAAUUCUGAUGAAAUAGCAAUUAAAGUAGAAAGGAAACUUCUUUUUGAUGAUACUAAUUUUAAUGAUUCUUUAAAUGAUGUUAAAAAAGAUUCAGAAAAUAAAAAUUCUAUAAGUAAAAGUAUUGAUGGAACACUACCAUCAAAUAUAGAAACACUUACACCUUUACAAGAACAAAAAAAUGUUAAUAAAACAUCAAAAAAGAUCAUAAAACAAAAUGCAAUUGAUAAUGAAAAUGAUGUGAUAUUAAAUCAAACUUUAACAUUAGAUACAAACAUUAAUUCCAUAUCAUCUAAAGAAAUUAUAGAUGAUAAGGAUUUAAAUAUAUUAAAUGAAAAAUUAGAGAAGAAUGUUUGUAUAAGUAAUAAGGAAGAAAUAGAUGAACAUAAUGGAAGUAUAAGAGUUUUAAGAAAUAGAAUUGUUACCUCAACAGAUACACCUAGAGCUAAAAGAAGAUCUUCAAAGAAAAUGUUAAUUAAUGAACAAGAACUGGAACAUAAAGAAAAUGAAACUCCUCUAGAGAGAAGAACAAGAAGAAGUCGUGUUAACAUCAAUACAGGGGAAAGAAGAAAUAUAGAGUUAGUGUGUUACAGUUGUAAUGAUAAUAAACAUUUAGAAAAGAGUAAUGACAAAAGAAAAUCUACUAGAAGUGUAAAAUUUUCUGAUAAAGAGUCUAAUGAUGGAACAAACAAAUCAAUCCUGCCUCUAACUCCUCAUGUUAGAAGGAGUAAAAAUAGAAAUGGAAGAAAUACACUUUUAGAAGACUCUAUUUCUUUGGAAAUAGAAGAGAAACCUCCACAACGUGUUAGGAGGUCGCAAAAUAAAAAAUCUUCAAUUUGACAUGUAGUAAUAUAGAAACUUGUAUGAUUAAUGUACAAAGGUAUAAGUUUUUUAUGAUUUCUAAUUUUUAUACAUGUUAAUUGUUAUUUUUUUCUUUC